CUCUCUCUCGCAACUUCUGUACUCCUGAAAUCUUUGUUGCCGAUCUCUCGAUUUCUCCGAUCACCAUGAGUAAGGGACCGGGACUCUUUGCCGACAUCGGCAAAAAAGCGAAAGAUCUGUUGACGAGAGACUACAGUACCGAUCAGAAAUUCAGUAUUUCCACCAACAGUGUCUCUGGCUUGGCUCUUACUUCCACUACUCUUAAGAAAGGAGUAGUACAUGCUGCUGAUGUUGCUACACAGUACAAGUACAGAAACGCUUUGUUCGAUGUCAAGAUCGACACUGAUUCGAAUAUCUUGACAACCAUUACAUUCACUGAGAUCCUCCCAUCGACAAAAGCCAUUGCCUCCUUCCAAGUGCCUCAUUACAACUCUAGCAAGCUGGAGGUUCAAUACUUCCAUGAUCACGCAACAGUCACCGCCAUUGCAGCUUUGAAACAAAACCCUCUAAUUGAUGUAACAGCCACUCUUGGCUCACCAACUAUCUCAUUCGGUGCUGAAGCUGGAUAUGACACCACAUCUCGAACUUUCACAAAGUACAACUUUGGAAUCAUUCUCACAAUGCCAGACAAAUGUGCCUCUGUGAUAUUGAGAGAUAAAGCAGAUUCAAUCAAAGCUUCUUAUCUGCAACACCUAGAUGAGUCGAAGAGAAGCGCCAUAGUAGGAGAGAUUUUCAGGAAAAUCUUUACGAAUGAGAACAUAAUUACUGUUGGUGGAUUGUAUGCGGUUGAUCACUUGACGAAUGUGAAAGCUAAGCUUAACAGUAACGGUAAGCUUGGAGCUCUUCUGCAACAUGAGGUCCUCCCGAAAUCGACAGUGACAAUCUCAGGUGAGAUUGAUACCAAGACGUUAGACAAGUACCCAAGGUUUGGUCUCUCGCUUGCUCUUAAACCUUGAAAACAUUUGGUUAAACAAUGGAGACAUACUACCGUUUUUCUCUCGUAUGCCAUUGUUGAGACUUGGAGUUUUGGGUACCGUUGUUUCUUUUGAAUAAUGAGCUCGGGAGGUGUAAUCUUUCCGUCGAAAAUUCUUUUCGGAGUUGUCUUUUUAGUCUAUUCAUGAACACGCUCAAUGAAACAAUUUUGUCUCUGUUUUCGUCACUGUUUUCUUUCCUAGUAAAAUUCUUCAUUUUUCUGUUU